UGAUUGUUAUCUUAUUCAUGUAGACAUUACUGUGUUUCACAUUACUUUUAUAAUUUUGUUAACAUUUAAAUUUGAUUUAAGAUGGGUAGUAACGGGAGAAUUUAUCAAGUUAACCUCGGAGAGCUUGUUGAGAACUACAUUUGGGGUCGUUACAAACAUGACACGAGCUUUAUUAAAAGAUUAUUCCUGCGACGAAGCAACCAUUUGUUCGACAUAAGAUGGGGAUAUGUUGACUUUAAGCACGCGGCAUAUCCAGAGAAUAAGAAACAACAAACUAUUCAGCCGACUGCUAGUGAAGGAAGCAUUUCUGAGCGUGCACCUAGUGGUACAGAUGUUUCAGACAUUGAUGGUCAGAUGGAAAAUUUAGUUCCUCAAGAUGGAAAAUCUAACAAAAGGGACAUUGAACUAUAUUAUUCAAUAUAUGAAAAUGAAACAGAUACACCGCAAAAAUACACGUUUACAGCUUCACGAGAAACAACCAGCUCAACAAAGUUCGAACUGCAGGAGAACUAUACACUCGGCGCAGAAACAAAUCUUGAAAUCAAUCUUGCAGAAAUUGUUAAAAUAGGUGGGAAAGUAAGCGGUGAGUACUCGAUAACAGAAACAAAAGCAGAAGAAUUCACCAAGACUCUGUCAUGGAAUAUAAACACAGAAAUUGAAGUUCCGAGUAGGAAUAAAGUAAAAGCUUCUCUACUUGUUUACGAAAUUCCAACAAAAACAAGUUUUGUUGUUAAGACAACGAUUAGCAUUCCAACUGGAAAUCUACCCGUGACGAUUCGACGGAAAGAUGGUAAAGAAGUCCACACAGAAUGGAUCAACGACCUAGGAGUGCUUUUUGAUGCUGAUUACAUAAACAGGAGCACUGUCAAGAUAAUUGAAAAGAAGAUUGUUAAGGACGAUGGAGAUGAAGUUAUAGAUAACCAGAUCAUCUUGACGACACGUGGUGUCUGCAGAAAUAUUUCUUUUAUGAAUCAGUACGUAAAAGUAGAGUGUAUAGGAAUUGAAAGGCAACCAGAACCUGUAGCAGACGACAAAGAUAAAGCAGACGAUACUGUUUCAGUUUCAGGUGACGAGGAAACUAGGGAACCAUGAUGAUAUAAACCAUUUAAAAUUUAGGUCAGUUUUUCUAUAACCUUAGCAAACUUUCUCAAUACGAUCAAGAUAAACAAGUAGAGACUUUGAUGCUAAAGCAUCAAGUCGCCGGAUAGAAAAAUGAUUAUAUUAUCAUAAAUAUAAGUUAAAUGGUUCAAGAAUAAAAAAAGAGGAACAAUAAGUUGAGAAAUGUUUGCCCCUGAGGCUUGUAAUGCAAGUGACAUGCUGGUGAUUCUUCUUGUAAUUGUACUUUAUACAUAUACUGUUGUACUAUACAUUGAAAUCCGUAGGCCUUUUGGUUGCUAGUUCAGAUUCCGAUAAUUACCGACAAAUAAUUACCGAUCAUCGAAUAUUUGCAAAGUGACUAUGAAUAUAUAUAUGCUUAAUUAUUGCAUGAAACAAUCCAAUUCUACUGUAAAAGUGUUGUACAUCAUUAUUAUGCCCUAUCGAAAAAAAAUUUUGUUAAAAUCAAUACAUGUAUUCCCAUCGUUACAUACGUUUAAUUGCCUUUUAGUGCGAUAAACUAUCAACACAAAGAUAGUUUAUUAUUUUUUCUAUGUAUCUAAUAAAUAGGAUUCCGGACCCCUACCGUCAUACCUUUUUGGAAACCUUCGCGACGGAAACCAACGGAAUAUAACGAAAUCAACGAUUACCAUUAUAUAUUUCAAUAAUGUGCCUUUUAAGCAUAAAAUUAUUUUGUGAUGUUCAACCUCAACUAAACUAUUGAACUUUCUUGUCAAAUGUUUGCCAGAAAGGUUUAGGUUUAACCCUUUACCAAGAAAAAAGGAAAAGGUUUUGAAAAUCUAUUUUAAUGUGUAAAAUAUGAGUAUACAGGUUUUUCUAAUGAUAUAAAAUAUUAAACUGAUUAAUGAAAAAUAACUUAUGUAAUUAUCUAUACAAAAUUACAAUGAUUUGCAUCUUAUCAGCUGCCAUGCCUUUUGCCAGCCAUUAACAAGUUACCUGUAUGUCUUAUCAGCAAUCUGUUACUAUUAAUAGAAUUUAUAACGAUACCAUACAACAUGUAGUCACGUGAUUCUUACAAAAUGAGCAGGGAGCAUUUGUUUAUAAUUAGAUAAAAUAAUGAAAUAUAAUAGGUCUCAUAACAUGUAAACAACCAAAUAAUUUAAAAGUGCCAUUUCAAGUAUCAUUCAUGAUUUAUAUAUCAUAAAAUAGCAACGCUUGACACAUAGAAAAAAGUAAAAGUAUCCCUAAUAUUCAAUGACUGAUCCUCAAGGAUGCGUUAUUGAUUCAUUUUAUGAAAAUUGUUAUGUUGCUUUUUAAGAUGUCAACAUGUGUAUAUUUCAUUUCAUUGAGCAAAGUUAUCAUAUGUUCGAAUUUUUGAGAUUACUGAAAAAUAAUUGUGGUCUUUAAUUGUUCAAUAAUUGAUAUGCUUUUAUUUUCAGAUUUUAAGGGCUUCCCCUACCAUAGGUAUAAUAUUAAACUGUUACAAAUAUAGUCGUCGGUUUCUACCGGCGACUAAAAAUCGUUGAUAGACGGUGUAAUCACAGAUGAUAAACAGUGCGUUAUCUAUAGUUACAUAGUUACACUUGAUAUAUUUUGUUUUCAGUAACACGAACAAACGUGAAGUUAUAUAGAAUGAAUGUCAAUGAUAUUCCGUCAUUACUUUUCGCCUGGUCUGGUUAAUUGUCUUCCAGCUAUAUUUCCAUAGAAAUUGCAAAUUCAUAAUAAAGUAAAAAAUUCUAGAUAAAAACAUUA